GAAAUAUCUUUCAUCCGCACAGUGUAUUUUUGACUGCGAAGCGCGUACGACGUGUGUCUGUGUUGCGUUGCGUUCGAAUAAAAAGAGAAGAAAAGCGAAAAAGCGUUGCCGUCGGUGAAGUUUAUUAUUAUUAUGAUUAUUAUUAUUGCCCGUUAACCACGCGUUUUGCCAUCAAUCAGCAAAUAACCAACACAAGAAACACAUUGGAAAUCGCGCGCGUUUUUCCAUCGCGCGAACCAAACAAUCACGUUUUAAAGUGUGUUUUUCAAUCACAAUCGAAAAGUUCUUCUUUUCACAAAUUGAAGGCCCAAAUAAAUACUGUUAUUUGAGGGCCGCGGAGGGAAUUUCUUUCAACGAGGGGAUCCCGCCGAUCCCCCCGCAAAAAAACAAAGAAACACGCAAUUUGCCGUCGCAAAAACACCACACAAUAUAUUGCAUUAUAUAUUAACAAUAUAAUUUGUUCAUCUCUAGUAACGUAGUAUGUAGAAGCAGCUGUGAUAAAUAGUGCGCAUAUUAUACGAAAAAAGCAAAAAGAGUAUACGACAAACAAAUAAAAAUUAAAAGCAACCACAACUACUACUAUAAAAAUAACCAAGGAAAAGGCAAGGAAGCUCGCAAAAUAAGAGAGAACGAGGAAAGGGGAAAACGCCAUGGAUUUAUGACAACAACAAAUGCAACCCAGUAACAAAUGAUGUUGCAUCAACUACUACAAUACACGAGUAUACCAAGAGCAACAACAACAACCAUAACUGCAACGGCAACCAACAACAAAUUGUAUACGAUUUUUAUAAACCAAACAAAUGCUAUGUAAAUAAUUAUUAUAACAAACACACAAGUAAAAAACAUUCAGAAACAGAUCUCCCGCUCUAGAAAACAAACAACAAACGCGCGCGUAACAAAAACGAAAACAACAACAUCAACAAUACAACAAGUAUACAAACGUAAUAAUAAUACAUAAAAUCUAAACAAAUGUGCCUGUGUUAAAUAAAAAAGAAAGCAAAAUCAAGAAGCAAAGCGUUCAAAAAGCAAAGGCUUCCAAAUACAUGAAAAUAGUGCAAAACAUAUAAAACAAAAUCCCAGAAAAUAAAAUCCAAAACUAAGAGAACUGGAAAAGCCAAGAGCUAAAACUAAAGGACUUCAAGCGGGCAGCUACAGUAGAGCUUCCCUAUAACCGAAGCAGUUGCAGCGGCGGAGCGGGACGUCGGUCAGUGUGUUGCGCCCCCAUUUGUUGUUCCUACUGUAAAAAGUGGCACAAAUCGGGUUAGACGUCGCUCCCAGAGCAUUAAUGGCUCAGCCCAGGUACGACGAUGGCCUACACGGCUACGGCAUGGACUCCGGAGCCGCAGCAGCGGCCAUGUACGAUCCACACGCCGGUCACCGGCCGCCCGGACUGCAGGGCCUCCCCUCGCACCACUCUCCGCACAUGACGCACGCAGCGGCGGCGGCGGCCACAGUGGGCAUGCACGGCUACCAUUCGGGGGCCGGGGGUCAUGGAACACCUAGUCAUGUAUCGCCGGUCGGUAAUCACCUAAUGGGCGCAAUACCCGAAGUACACAAACGUGAUAAGGAUGCGAUUUAUGAACAUCCGCUAUUCCCGCUUUUGGCGCUGAUCUUCGAGAAGUGCGAAUUGGCCACAUGUACGCCGAGGGAGCCCGGGGUUCAAGGUGGCGAUGUCUGUUCGUCGGAAUCGUUCAACGAGGAUAUUGCAAUGUUCAGUAAACAGAUAAGAUCACAGAAACCCUAUUAUACCGCAGAUCCCGAAGUCGACUCACUGAUGGUGCAAGCAAUACAAGUACUUCGGUUUCACCUUUUAGAAUUAGAAAAAGUACACGAGUUAUGCGAUAACUUCUGUCAUCGGUAUAUAUCGUGUUUAAAGGGUAAAAUGCCAAUAGAUUUAGUGAUCGACGAACGGGACACCACCAAACCACCGGAGUUGGGAUCGGCGAACGGAGAAGGGCGCAGCAACGCCGACUCCACAUCGCACACCGAUGGAGCUAGUACACCAGACGUUCGGCCGCCGAGCUCAUCGCUGUCCUACGGCGGCGCAAUGAACGACGACGCCCGAUCGCCGGGCGCUGGUAGUACUCCCGGUCCACUGUCACAGCAGCCACCUGCCCUAGAUACAUCAGACCCUGAUGGUAAGUUCUUAUCAUCACUCAAUCCUUCAGAACUAACAUAUGAUGGACGAUGGUGUCGAAGAGAAUGGUCCUCACCUGCCGAUGCUCGCAAUGCAGACGCCUCCCGGCGAUUGUAUUCCUCAGUCUUCCUCGGUAGUCCUGACAACUUCGGAACGAGUGCAAGCGGUGAUGCCAGCAAUGCCAGCAUAGGAAGUGGAGAGGGCACCGGCGAGGAGGACGACGAUGCGAGCGGCAAAAAGAACCAAAAGAAACGUGGCAUUUUCCCAAAAGUAGCAACCAACAUAUUGAGAGCGUGGCUGUUUCAGCAUUUAACGCAUCCCUACCCAUCCGAGGACCAGAAGAAACAAUUGGCCCAGGACACCGGCCUAACGAUACUGCAAGUGAAUAAUUGGUUCAUCAAUGCGCGGCGGAGAAUCGUCCAGCCGAUGAUCGAUCAAUCGAAUCGUGCAGUCUAUACACCGCAUCCAGGUCCCUCCGGAUAUGGCCACGACGCCAUGGGCUACAUGAUGGACAGCCAGGCGCAUAUGAUGCACCGUCCGCCCGGAGAUCCGGGCUUCCACCAGGGCUAUCCGCAUUACCCGCCCGCCGAGUACUACGGCCAGCACUUGUAAUCCUCGUAAUCCGGCCCCGAACCGGAACCGGAAAUGGAACUGGAACUGGUACUGGAAAUGCAACUGGAACUGAAACUGCAGCCAGAGAGCUCUCCGCCGGAAGCGAUCAAGCCAAAAUCAUAGCUUAAAUUUUACCACCACCCAACACUGGAGACAAAGGACGAAGGACGAAGGACGAGGUACGAAGGAGCUGAAUGAAUACACAAGGAUCCGAUCCCAAAACUAUAGCAUACCAUACCGCGUGGCAAUAUCAGUCAAGUAAUAGCAAACAAAAAACAACAAGCAAAGAACAACAAACGUAGUAAAAUCUAUACAAAAUGAUAUUAGCUAAGCAACAGCGACAACAACAACAACAACAGCAACAUUAAGAACAACCACAACAACAACAAAAGAAAAACAGCAGAAUCCAGAACAACAAAAAGCACCAGCAACAACAAACCACAUCAAAAAGAAACCAGAAAUUUGAAAAGAAACUAUUUGUGUAUACCUUAAACAUAAAUAACAAAAGCAGAAAAAAGGGAAAAUAAAAGCAAGAAAAAAGAAAUAUUUAUGCAUAAACAAAAAUGAAACGCUUAGCUAUAAGUUAAAUAAACAAAAUAAAACCAGAACUCACACACACACACACACACAGACACACCGAGACGCAACACAACAAUUUGAAAUGCAAAUUUUUAUGUUCAAAGCUGCAGAGUGCAAAACACAACAUUUUAAAGCAUGAAUUUAGGCGCAGUCCAGAAAGGAUACAAAAUUGAAUAGGACAUACAAAAUUUAAGCGACAUUUCGUUCGGAUUUGUUAUAGAUUUUAGUUUGAAUUUAGAAAAUGCCCCGCCCCCCAGGAAAUCAAGGGAAAACCAAACCAAUAGCAGCAGCAGCAGCAGCGAAAUUCGAUCGAGUUUGAAUAUAAUUUGCGCAAUGGAAGGACGAGAGGAGAAUUCUUAGCUAGUUCUUAGUUUCAUUUUAGUUAUGUAACAAGUCAGUUGUAGUAACGCUUUGUUUUCUAUACCUUUACGCAUAUGUAUAUGUACAUACAAAACAAAUCGAUAACAAACUAUAGAUACUAUACAUACAUACGUACAUCUACGUUUAGGCGAUAGCACCCUACUAUAUAUCCUACGUUUAGACGAUUAAUUUAAAUAAAUUGAAUUGUUUUCUAAUUUUAUGCCUUGCAACACUUAAGUAAAAACGAAAUGGAAUUUAAUUUUUACAAAAGGGAAAGAUUAUCACUAGACGAGGAACAUUAUGAUUUGAAUUUGUUUUAGAGUCUUCAUUGUGUGCGGAUCUUGUAGUAUUAUUUUCCAACUGAAGCACACCGACCGAUUUGAAUAUAUGAAUAUAUAUAUUAUUAUGUAUAUGUAUAUGUAUGGAUUUUAUGCGAGUAACAAACAGUACGAUACAAAUAAUGGCAUAGGCAUAUACAUAACUCUGAAUAUGUAUACGUAAUAUUAAUAAUAAAUUAUGCUUACGUUUAAAUUGUACUUUUAUUUAUGUAUUCUAAUUUGUAUG